UAGGAACAGAGUGGGAGGUUGGAAGAACAAGGCCUUCCCUCUUCCCUCCAAUUCCAAUAUCGUUCAAUUCUUAUUUUUUUUUUGUUGAGUAUCAUACCAGGGCGCCCUGUUUUCUUCUUUCUUCUCCAUUUUCUUUUGCUUCCGGGUCCUGAGUUGUUCCAGCGAGCAGUUACGGUCGAAGGUGAAGUUUCCGGCAAGACUUCAACCGCAAAUCUUUGCCGGAAUUUCUCCAUUGCGAUAAUGACCACCGUGACUGCUCCAUCACCCGAAUCAUUAUCCCCACCAGCUCCACCAAUCACCACCACACCCGUUGAACCAAAUCCUUCCCCGGUCACCACUACACCGCCUCCUACAUCAGAAACUCCGUCAGAUACCACUACACCGCCCAAUGAAGAUACAGCAUUACUAUCCCCGACCACCACACCUCCCGGGUUUUCAUCGCAGAAACCGGAUUCAGGAAAGUCCCCUUCGGCAAAGAUAUCUUCGUCAUCAAGUAAGUCAAGUCAUAAGGAUUCAUCUUCGUCGUCACAGGAUUCUACAGGGAUAUUUGUCGGAGUUGCCGUUGUUGGAAUCAUGAUAAUGGCCAUGAUAAUCGUCUGUGCUGUUUGUGCUUCGAGGAAGAAGAGAAGGCCUUAUUAUGAUCCUAAACACCCUGCAGCAGCAGGUAAUGGGCAUGGGCAGGGAGGGGACAAACGGAAUGGUGGCGAUCAUGUGGUGAAGCUACCUACGAAUUCAAUGGGUAGCAACGAAUUCAGUUCUGGAUUCUCGGGUGGGGGAUACAAUUUGGUUAGUCCUAUGUCUCCAAACAUGGCAGGUUUAGGCGGUCUUAACACGAGUAGCUUUAGCUACGAGGAGCUAGAGGUGGCGACGGGAGGGUUCUCUCAAUCGAACAUGAUCGGGCAAGGAGGUUUCGGUUAUGUUUACAAGGGAGUUCUUCAAAACGGGAAGGAAGUGGCAGUUAAGAGUCUUAAGAGUGGCAGUGGUCAAGGAGAAAGAGAGUUUCAAGCUGAGGUCGAGAUUAUUAGCCGCGUUCAUCAUCGUUAUCUUGUCUCCCUUGUCGGUUAUUGCAUCACCAAUGGCCAGAGAAUGUUGGUUUAUGAUUUCGUUCCCAAUAGCACCUUGGAGCAUCAUCUUCAUGGAAAGGGUCAGCCUACAAUGGAAUGGGGAAUCAGGAUGAGGAUUGCUUUGGGGUCAGCCAAAGGCCUUGCUUACCUUCAUGAAGAUUGCCAUCCUCGGAUCAUCCAUCGCGACAUCAAGGCAGCCAACAUUCUCCUCGAUUUCAACUUUGAGGCCAUGGUGGCAGAUUUCGGACUGGCUAAGCUAACUACUGAUAACCAUACUCACGUGUCUACUCGUGUCAUGGGAACUUUCGGAUACUUGGCUCCUGAGUAUGCAUCAAGUGGCAAACUAAGUGAUAAAUCUGAUGUGUUCUCAUUUGGGGUGAUGUUAUUGGAACUGAUAACUGGUAGGCGACCUGUUGAUCCCACCAGUAGAAUGGAAGACAGUUUGGUCGAUUGGGCCAGGCCUCUUCUUGUAAAAGCGUUGGAAGAUGGAAACUACGACGAGCUUGUUGAUCCACGACUUGAGGGUAACUUUGAUAGAAACGAGAUGGCACGACUUGCAGCAUGUACAUCUGCCAGUAUAAGGCACUCUGCUAGAAGGCGCCCGAAGAUGAGCCAGGUGGUGCGGACGCUAGAAGGAUCAUCUUCAUUGGAUGACUUAAUUGAGGUGCCCAAGAUACAAAGCGGUCAACAAAUGCCUUCGCCUGGAUCUUCGAGUGGGCUGAGCGAAAUGAACAGCUCAAUGUAUGAUACGGGCGCUUAUAAUGCAGACAUGAUGAAGUUCAGGAAGAUGAUAUUGACACCGGAUCAAGAUAGCAAGGACUACAGCAGCGAUUGAUUAACUUAAGAUUUCAUUGAAUUCAUUGAUCAUGAGAUAUCAUCAUCAAUGGCCCUUGAUAACCUUUUUUUGGCCUAGAAACCAAUAUAUUUGUUAUAUAUAAUGUACCUACUUAUAUUGUGAAAGAUUUUAAUUACUAACCUUUUCUUAA